GUGAGAAGUACCGCUGUGUGGCAGCAGUGUAGCGCGCUCGGCAGACUCUCAACUACGAGUAGAGUGCAGACAGUUGAAUUGACCGAGAGCGUUGGUUUGGGGUACUGUGUCCGUGCUCUAUCCAAACGCCGUGCUCACUUGUUGCUGGUGUUCGUCCCGUUUUGUUACAGGCGGGGUGUGUCCCGUUCAAACCAUGGAAACGCGUGCCGAUUAUCCAACGUCAUUGCUCAAGCUUCGAAACAGUCAAGAAGAGUUUGAAAAUAAGUUCUAUGCGGCAGAAGAAUGCGAGCGAAAUGCAAUCGCCGCAAGAUAUAUCGCCGAAGUGUCAAGUUCCGACGAACCUUUCAUCGUCACUGACUUGGGGACGGAUUUGGAGUGGAUGAACACAUCGCGACCUCUGGUGGCCUCCGACCUGCGCGGCCGGGUCGUCGUGCUGGACUUCUUUACGUUCUGCUGCAUCAAUUGCCAGCAUGUACUGCCCAUCGUGAAACGUCUGGAGCAAGAAUUCCCCAUCCACUCUGGACUCCUGGUGGUUGGGGUGCACUCGGCAAAGUUUGACCAUGAGAAGCAGCUGAGCAAUGUCAGCAAAGCCCUAAUGCGCCUUGGCAUCAUUCACCCAGUAGUAAACGAUGCCCAAAGCUCUCUUUGGAAUCGUUUGAAGAUCAACUGCUGGCCCACAUUAGUUGUCCUUGGACCAUCAGGACAGGCGCUGCUGUUUCUUGUGGGUGAAAGGGCGAUUCAGCUUUUGAUACCCUUCUGUCGGGUGGCAAUGGACCAUUUCCUUCCUUCGUCUCUAAGCUCGUUGCCAUUGGCCCCGGGUGCUCUUCCCGCAGGGAUUUUAUGCUUUCCAGCCAAAAUGUGUGCCACUGACACAAGACUCAUCAUUGCAGAUACUGGUCAUCACCGCAUCGUCAUCACGGAUCAUAGUGGUAAGGUACUUAAUGUGGUGGGAGGUUCCGAGCCUGGUUAUCAAGAUGGUCCUCUAGACGGAGCUCUGUUCAAUGAACCAAAUGGUGUUCAAUGGCGGGAUCCUCACUUCAUUCUUGUUGCUGACACUGGGAACCAUGCCAUCCGUGAGGUCAACCUUCAGAGCAGCUCAGUGAGCACCUUGGCUGGGACAGGACAACAAGGUGAAGACACCAUGGGAGGCCACACAGGACUACAGCAGGAGCUCAACUCACCAUGGGACGUCUGCUUAGUGGAUGACAUAGUGUUCAUUGCAAUGGCUGGCUUGCAUCAGAUCUGGGCUUUCUUUCUUCGAGAUCAAGUGCUGUUUGGAAAACGGACUUGCAGUGAAGGCACAUGUGUGUGUAUUGCUGGAAGCGGUGCUGAAGGGAACAGAAAUAACAGCUACCCUCUCAGAGCAACAUUUGCCCAGCCAUCGGGGCUUUGUUUUCAGCCACCAGCAUCUCUGUACAUUGCAGACAGUGAGAGUUCAUCCAUAAGAGUGCUGUCGUUGAAGGAUGGGACAGUUAAAAAUGUUGUUGGCGGAGGCCUGGACCCUACGGACCUGUUCUGCUUUGGGGAUGCAGAUGGUGUAGCCUUAGAUGCAAAGCUUCAGCACCCCCUCGGUGUUGCCUGGAGCACUGUCAAGGGAAGGCUUUAUGUGGCCGACAGCUAUAACCACAAAAUACGAGAAGUGGACGUGGAAAAGCGACUGUGCAAAACAUUUGUUGGAGGUGCAAGUGGUAGAACUUUAUCCGAAUCACAUUCACAAUCAGCGAGGCUCAAUGAACCCGGAGGUUUGUGCAUGUUUGGAGGCAAAAUGUACAUUGCGGAUACAAAUAAUCAUUGCGUCAAGGUUGUUGACCUAGACUCUGGUUCUAUUGAAGUGCUUGCCAUUGCUGCUCCACAAGCCACUGACUGUGAUGGAUUGAGUGAAGAAAGGGUGAGUGAAGAAAGUGCGAGUGAAGAAAGUGUGAGUGAAGGAAAGUGCGUGUCCAGUGUAACACUAUCACCCGGAGGCCACCUGUGUCUUAGGUUCGAGCCUCCAGUUGGCCUAGCUGUUGGAGCUCCAAACCGAUGGAAGGAACACUGCAACCUGCAACGCAAGCCACUGCUGAAUUGA